AUGUCCGGUAGAGUAGGUGGAGCAACAAAGGGUGACGGAGGAGCAGCCGGCGCCGUAGAUGUUGAAGGAGCAGCAGCCGUCUGCUUUGACUGGUGCAAACAAGUUUAUCUCAUCAUAGAUUACAAUUGCAGAUUCUAUUCAGAAAUAUAUGUUGGUGGGAAAGGUCACUCAAUCCAGACCUGUCAUGGUUACAAACGCUGUGCCAAGAGCCAGGUUCAUGAAUGGAUCAGUGGUGGCUUGAAUGACAUACUUGUCCCGGUAGAAACCUUUCACCUACAGUCCAUGUUCCAAGAAGUCAUUAAACAUCAAGAAAGAUUUGAUUUUAACCGUGUUCCUGCUGUUGUUGAGCUUUGCUUGCAGGCAGGGGCAUAUCCAUGGGAUGGUUACUUUUACUCCAGCAGCAUCACCCAUGGUGUUGAAGGAGCUCAGUCUCUGCCAUCCCAAGAUUUGAGCCAAGUAGCCAGGAUAACAUUGAAAGCGGUUAGACUUUGUGGGGUAUUCAAGAAUGAGAGUUGGCGUGGAACCCACUUCUGGAAGAAAGCGGAUGUUGAUGAUUUGGUGCCUCCAAAGAUCGUUUGGAGGCGGCGGCCUCAUGACCCUCCUGUGCUGCUGGACAAGGGACGCGGUUUUUAUGGGCGUGCACCUGCGGUGAUUGAUCUCUGUACGCAGGCUGGUGCUAUUGCACCGAGCAAGAUUUUUGCUCACCCUCUGUCAAGCCAGAGCCUUGUUACCUUAAUCAUUCAGAUGGUUGAAGAAUUUUCUGUCCAGCUUGGUCUUUGCAGGAAAUUUUGGCAGUAUCCAGAGAAUUUUUAA